AUGCUCCUAAUCCUACUACUUUAUUUCAUUUUAUGCAUAUUAUGUGACAAACUUCUUCCUCUCGCAGCAGCAGCACUAACCAACAGUGGCAUUUCUCACAAGGUGGCCUUAUCUCCACCAGUUUCCAGUUCUAUUCAGUCACCAGUUAUUGCUACUACUAGUAACACUUUCACUAUUUCCGCAGUGAUCCAUAAUGAUCUAUUAUGCAAUGAUGGAUCCGAAUUUGUGUGUGUUUGUCAACAGAAUGCGGGUAAUUUACUAAAAUCCUACGUUCUAUGCAAUGAGCUCAUUGAGCUGGAUAAAUUGCCGGUAAUUGAAAUGAACAUCAGGCGUGUCAAUUUAAGUGCUCGGUUACACACCAAUGAAACCUACGAAUCUUAUUUUAAACGUCGAGUUGCAGCUGUUGUAAGUAACUACUGCGAGCAACAAGCUGAUGAAUGUAUGGCUACAACGCUUAGGUUAAGAAAGGAAAAUGUUGUACUGCUCAGUAUCAAGCCAAACAAUUUACAGUCAACAGCUAUUGGUUUUGUAAUCACCAAAAGCCAGCGACGAAGUACUCUCAGUACAAUGACAAUUUUGGAUUCUAUUAAAGUGAAAUAUGUUCUAUCAGCACAAUUAGCUGCUCUGUCUCGGAUUCUCGGUGGAGUACGCAUCGAACAGGUUGAAAUCGUUACAAUGGAAAAAUACCGGAAUAAUAAUAGUAGUGAAAGUAUACAACGACAUAAUUUUGGUCUUCUACUUAUCCUAUCCAUUGUUGCCACAUUUCUAACUAUGACCUACACCAUUGCUGCCGUCCGAGUGUGCAGAGAUUGUUAUGCGAAAAGACAAGCAAAGAAGAAUGCUAGCAAUUUGAACAUUGCUUUUGAAACGCCAAAUUACGGUACUUGUACACAACAGAAACAAAAUGAGAUGAGCGGAAACUAUGAAAUUCACAGUACUAUGAAGAUGAGGACUUCUGAAGAAAAUGAUCCAAAUAAUUCAAAUCAAGGAGAAGUAGCCGUUUUUACGAAUUAUCAAAUGAAGAGAAUGUUCCAGUGUGAUCCGUCACAGCUGCCAGGUGAAGAAAUACCGCCGUUACCACAUGACUUAUUCAUAAUAUUUGCCUCAAAAUCUCUUGUAGAUGCUAAAUCACAAACUUGUAAUCCACAGUCAAAGCUUAUUAUUCACCAAUCGCUAAAGGCAGAACAAAAAAAGAAGAACUCUCCCCUCUCACAUAAAAGUGAUGAAGAAAAUAACAUUGUUGAAGUACCUCAAAAAUGUACAAAUAUGUUGGCCAAAAGUGAGGAAACUGCCAAAGCAUCUCCCCAUUUUAACUCAAAUUUAACAGCCUGUUUUUGUGAGCCAAAAUAUGAAUUUUUUGAACAGCAAACUAAAGAAUUGCCGACUUCGACCUGUAAUCAGCCAAUGGCAGAGGAGUCACUUCAACCAACAUGCAGUCAAACUGAAACCAUUCCUAAACUAAUGAAUUCAAACUUGAAAGGACCAACGACUGAUGAACAGACAGAAGCAGUCUGGAAACAGUUGGAAAUAGGAAAUGAAUCAACAUGGUUGCCCAAUGCCCAAGAACCAAGAGACAAACCCUACUGCUUGACAGGUUCAUUUUCUGAAUCAUCGUUCAAAGUAGCGAAUUAUUGUAAUGAAGAAACAGUAAAUUUGGAAUUAUAUCAAUCAAAUCGGAGAACUAAAAGUCGCACCAAAAAUGAAAUAAGUGGUUCAAAAACAAUCCCUUUAACGGACCAAUUAGGUCAUCUUCAAGAAUCAAAACACUCCGAUGGUUUUGCAAAAUAUGAAAACCACAUCGUUCAAAAAUCGCGAACAACCCAUCAAUUCGAUGAUUGGUCCAGUGAGAGUGAUGAUGGAGAGAUUGGUGCAUAUCAUAAAUUAUCAGAAAUCGAGGAAGAGGGAGGGAAUGACAGGAGUCCUGAAUUUGCUACUGUGAGUUGUACGAAAACCUUUAUAGAAGACCCUAUAAUUUCUCGAAAUGGAAAGGAUUUUAGACUAAAUUUGGAUGUACAAUCCAAAACUUUUAUCAGUACAGAGCAGUUCAAGGUUAGUAACACUGAUAUGUCAUGCUAUGAACAACUACAAGAAUCAGCACCACCACUGAAUUCGAGUUCUACUUCCAAUAGAGUUACACCGAAAGAGUUCGCCAGUUUCACACCUACAGAUGAUCUAAAGUGA